UAGUGCGGUAAACUGAAGAUGAGACGAUGAUUGAGUUUGUUUACGUUUCUUGAAAAGUCAAAUAUUUCCUAUCUUUUAAAUAUGAUAUUAUUUUAGAAAAUCUUUGUAACUUUUUUUUACGCCAAGGGCCAAUUGUUUAACUUGAAUCGAAUCAGAGAGAUUGUUAAAAAUGCCUUCGCAAAGGCAGCAAUUUUGGUAUACAAAUGUGAAUGCAUACAAUUGGAAGAAAUCUUCAAAAGUACAAUUAGAAAGGGAACAUGUAGGGAAACACCCACUGCAAAGUUCUCCAGCACAUUUGGUGAAAGUAAAGUCGGACCCUUUCGAUGGAAUUGAUCCACUCACUGCAAACCUUAAUGAGCUUGACCCAUUAACCAGGAUGGUCGUGGACCAGGAGCAAAUAACGCCAUAUUCAAAUACAAAUAUUCGCUCGUCUAGGGACACUUUCGAACCAUGGUCGUUUCGAAAGUCUGCAAUUUUGAGUAGAUUUACAACACAGGAAAAAUUGUCAAUUACAACUUCAAUUUAUGUGACAGAGAGUGAAGUUCGAGGUGUAAGCGAGAAAGUUCUGCAUCGUUUGGAACAAUUAGACCUUGACAGUGGAUCCAAACAAUUCUUUGGAGGUCUUUCUCAGGAAGAAUAUACUCAUAAGAUUAAUCAACUUCAUCAACAAUUAACGGAAGCAUGGCAGUCAGAUUUACGAGUUAACGCUCUUAAAAUUUCAAUCCAGUGUUGCAAAUUGUUGGGGGAUACUUCAGUCAUAUCAUUUUAUCCCAGCAAAUUUGUCAUCAUUACAGACAUCCUGGACAAGUUUGGACAAAUGGUGUACACCCGACUGAAAGGGAAGCAAAGUGACAUCCUUCCUCCUGAAGUAGCAAAGGAAACCUGUAAAAAUUGGUUCUUUAAAGUUGGAUCAAUUCGGGAACUUCUGCCGAGAUUGUGCAUAGAAUUGGCCAUAUUGAAAUCAUAUUCUUUCAUUAAUCCCAACCCAGAAUACAGUAGAAUUUUAAUCCGGUUAUUAAAUUGCAUGUGGGGAAUUGGUGACCCUGUCGUUGCAAUUUAUCUAAGGUGCUACUUGUGUCGAGUGGCUAUGGAGCUGGUGCCAAACGAUAGGGAACUUUUCAUGAAAUGUUUUCAAGAUUUGCUUCUUUUACACGAUCAGGUUCUCGACAAUUUUCGUAACUCGCCUCAACUUGCCGAAGCCAAAGUGUCGAUGGAGACCUACAUGAUUGUCCUGAGUCCUGCGAUUGACUGGAUUUUACAAUGUCUAGUGCAUCGCGGAGAACAUUUAAGUUACACACUACAAUUGGUGUCGAAUGUUCCUCCAUUUUGGAAAUCCGUCUUGUUAAGUUCUGUUUUGGCCACAUUUCCUCCAUCAUUUGUUGCAGAAGAGUCUUUGAACAUAUUGGACGUGAUUCUAUCUUUGGAAACUAAUCUUUCCGAAAUUAUCCGAAACUUGGGACUCUGCCUAAUAAUUGUACAUCCACAACAUAUCCAUUCAAAGGAAAUCUGGCCCAAAGUUUGGUUUCUUAUCAAGAAACUUCAGAAUCGAGAUUCAUAUUUGGAUUGUUCAGUAGUGUGGAUGGAAUUUGUCGUAAAAAACUUCGGACCGGACCUUGUCAAUUUGUUUAUUGAAGAUAUCAUGAAUCACGUCUCGCUUAGAAAUAUUGAACAAUAUCAAGGAAAACUGGCGAAUGUUGUCGAUAAAUUGCUGACCUACUCAAGUGAUAUUACUCAGUUGUUGAGAAUGAACAAGUUUGUCAAAAUGGUGAGCAUUCUCCCUGUGGAUAAUGCCAAAUCCGUCAUUGCAACAUUUAACGCUAAACAUCAAAACGCACUGGGCGACAAUAUUCUGAUUAGCACAAUUAUGCAUUUUGCUUGUAUGCUUCAUGAUUCCGUAGAUGCACUUACACCGGUCGAUGAAGUAAAACAGAUUGGAAGUCUCAUCAAUGGAUUUAUCCUUCGAGUAAAUUAUGGCCGUGAUUAUGAGAGACAGAUACAAUUUUAUGACGAAGCGAGAGGUUCCUUCACCAAUAUUGAUACCGUCCUAGUGGAGCUAAUUCAGUGUGUUUGCCGACUUGGAAUGGAAGUCGGAUAUAUUGUCGGAGGUCAUCAUACUAAGAGAACCAGAGGAUUUCUCUCAGCUUGUAUAGCAUACGCUUUCAUUACCAUUCCAUCACUAGAAAAUUGUUACACCCAAAUUCAACUUUAUCAUCUUACUAGUCAAGUGGCUUAUGCGAAUCAGUGUGUUAGUCAAGGCGAUGCAUGUCUGAAAGCUGCCAUAAAUUCUUUAAACGAAAAUCGGAACGAGUUUGAUUGUGGAGAACCAAUUUUGAUUGAAUUUGUCUGUAAUCUGCUUGGAACACUUCUUGCCGUUCCAGACCAUCCAAAAGAAACAAUGCUAUACAUGCUUAAAGCCUUGAUGACUAUUCAAUGGAACUCUGACGUAGUUCAACUGCGAUAUUUGGCACUGCUUGGAGCCUAUGGACAAAAAGAAUAUCCAUACAAGUUCAAUUUGGUCGAGACUAACAGCGAACUAUACGGAACUGCCAAACCCUUUAUUGCAGAAGUGGACCUGUUGGCGGACAACGUUCUAAAAGAACUACUCUCGCACCUCAAACAAUUGAGUGACCAACGCCAGACGAAGGCUCGGGCUAAACUAAGCUUAGACAUCUUUUGGGAAAUCGUUAAUUGGGGGGACAUUUCUGUCAUGACAAAUUAUGCUCUCGAUUUAUGGGAAGUGUCCAAGAAGGGAUUGGAUCCAGCCGUUAUAAACCGUUCCACCGAGCCAUUAAGGAAAAAAGCAAACGUUAAACAGGAAUAUCAACCCUUAUCUUCCAAAUUGAUGAUAACCACAUAGUAGUAGUAGUAGUAAAAAUAGCAAUAAUGUUGAAACGCUUAAAGAUUUAAUUGCAUUACGGACAUUAAAUACUAUUUAUUCUUGUUCAGUUAAUUAAUACAUGUAUAAUGAGUGCAGUAAAUAUAUAGACUCGGACACACAUAGAUGUUGGAAUCAAAAGUCAUGAACGGUUUGGUUUUUAGCUAGCUGUUGUUAUAAUUUCUUCUUGGCUGCAAUAAUAAUAUUGUGAGUGACAUUACUAACCAAGAGUAGGACCAUUGUAUUACCGGUUAAAGGUAUAUUUCUAUUUCUAGUUUCGUGUACUACGUGGAGAGGAGUUUGGAAACUACAUCAAAAGACAUUCUGUCCUUAUUAUUACAUUCCACUAAUUAAUGUGAAUAUUUCAGUACCAGUCAAAACUGAAUAUCAAAUCAUUUCAAAAUAAGUAAUGUAACAUCCAGCACACCAAUAAUAACAGGAAUAAAUGGCGAGAGACUAUAAUAAUGA